ACCCAGGAAUCCAAACAACGAAGCAAAAAUCUGAAAAUGGCGUCUUCAGCAACUCACUUUCUCCAUUUUCUUCGUUCACAACCACUGUCUUCUUCUUCUUCUUCAUUCGUUUCGCUACUGAAACCGCUUCUUCUUUCCUCUCCCAAUGUCUUAUCCAUACAUAGUUCACCGCUUCUUCCACAAAACCUCUUCCGCUCCCUCACUCGCCACCACUUCUCUUCACCUUCCCUCUCUCUUCCUCACGCGCCUCCCCCUUUUGUGGCUCUCACGGGUUCAUCACAAAACUCGGAGGAGGAAGAUGACUACUACAAUGACGAAGACGACGAAACGGAGCUGUACGACGAAGAAUCUGACGAUGACGAUGAUUUGGAAUCGGAAAGGAGCAGUUUUGAGGAGAAUACACAGAUAGGUUCAGAAUCGAAUUCAACUUCGUCGCCAUUGGAGAGGAAGAGGGAGGAGAGGUUGAAGGUAGAGGUUCCGAGUCUCAGCGUGAAGGAAAGGAAAGAGCUUGCGUCUUACGCGCACAGUUUGGGGAAGAAGCUCAAGACCCAGUUGGUGGGAAAGUCCGGUGUUACCCCCAAUGUUGCAACCUCGUUCAUUGAGACACUUGAAGCCAAUGAGCUUCUCAAGAUUAAAAUACAUAGGAGUUGCCCUGGUGAGUUGGAAGAUGUGGUGAAGCAGCUGGAAGAAGCAACCGGUUCAGUGGCAGUUGGUAAAAUUGGUCGAACCCUGAUUAUAUACAGGCCUAGUCUCACCAAAUUGAAGGCCGAAGAAAAAAAGAAACAAGUUCGUCAACUCUUUCUUAAAAGACAAUUAAAAUACAGACAAUUAAACAAGAGUAGGGAACAAGUACCAAAAUUAUCACGGCGUGGUUCAUCUUCAUCGUGGAAAGUGAGGAGUAGGUCAUAAUUAACACCUAUUGGAUUGGCUAUUGUUAGUGGAAUUAUUUUCUUGAGGUUUGUCAUGUCCCGUGGCCUAAACAAACUUGAGGAUUUGCAAUGAUGGAUUCCGGUGCUCGAGAUGAAGGAUCGUUUUCAACCAAUUAUGCUCUUGGUAAUUAACACUUGUUAGUAAGUGCAGAAGUCAGUUGAAACGUUAGUAUUUAGUAAUGAAUGCUUGUACUAUAUAAUCAAUGUUAUGUGAGCAAAGCUACGGAGUGUGUGUAGAAGGGUAGAACGGUGCUUGGAUUGAAUUCUUUAUUUUUGGAAUAUUUGUGCUUUCUUAUUUGCAAAAUAUCUAAGCCCUUAAUCUGUUAA